AUGACAAUGCAGGUCGAACUCUUCCUGUAUCAGAUGAGACCUGGCGGGGGCGAACUCUUCCUGUAUCAGAUCAUCAGCUCAAAGGACAACAUAGCCGAUGCUGUGCAGGCAACCCGCUUAAAAGGAAAGAAUUUCAGGAUAGGGUCGCUAAAUGUGGGCACCCUGAGAGGAAGAGCAAGUGAGGUGGUGGAGACGUUGUCUCGGAGGAAAGUUGACAUCUGCUGUCUCCAGGAGACCAGAUACCGUGGUGGUCAGUGUCGUAUAUUCAAAGGAAAGAACACUAAGUACAAGUGCUACUGGUCUGGUAAGGAUAAGGGGACUGGUGGCGUCGGUGUGUUGCUGGCGGAGGAAUGGAUUGGGAAUGUGUUUGAGGUGCGGCGUGUCUCGGACAGGAUCAUCCUGCUGAGGUUGGUGGUCGGCAGCUCUGUGCUGACGUUCCUGUCAGUCUACGCUCCACAAGUCGGCCUCAGCGACGUUGUGAAGGACCAGUUUUACGACCAGCUUCGUGCAACGGCUGCUAAGGUCCCUGCAUCUGAACUCCUUGUUCCUUGUGGUGACUGGAAUGGUCAUGUAGGAAGGGAUGGAACUGGCUUCAGGGAGGUGCAUGGAGGGUAUGGGCUUGGUGUGCGGAACGUGGAAGGAGAGAGAAUCCUGGAGUUUGCAGUGGCCAAUGAUUUAGUCGUGGGAAACACAUGCUUCAAGAAGCGCGAGUGCCACCUCGUCACGUAUCAAUCUGGUGGUAUCUCCACACAGAUCGAUUACAUUUUGUUCCGUUGUAAUCUGCACAAGUUGAUUGUUAAUGUAAAGACCAUCCCCGGCGAGGAGUGUGCCACACAACAUCGCCUGCUGGUGUGCGACAUCAAGGUUGACAUUCCGUCACUGCCCAAGCGUAAAUUUGUGCCUCGUCUGAAAAUAUGGAAGUUGAAGGACCCUGUGACCAGGCAGAAGUUCCGUGUGGCUUUUACACAGCGGACUGUGGACGCAAAUGCGGUUACCACUGAAGAGAAAUGGGCGAAUUUGAAGAAGAAUCUGGCCUUCUGGGUGCUACUGAAGAAGCGUGCGGUAUAUCAUGCAAAAUCCGAGGCCGAGAAAACCGUCUUUGCAAACAUCGACCCCAAGUCACCUGAUAUCUACCGUAUCGCGAAUCAGAUGCGCCGUGAAAAUCAGGAUGUUGUGGGUGAAAAGCCGGUGCGAAAUGAUGUUGGGAAGUUCUCUUUGACUGAUGUGGAGAAGGAGAUGGCAUGGUUACAGCACUAUAAGAGACUGCUGAACGUUGAGUUCCCAUGGAACCCUGACGACCUGUCUGUGGAGGACCCAGUGGAAGGCCCUGCACUACAAAUUUCCACCGAGAUGGUAAAAAAGGCCAUUGACAAGAUGCAACCUGGUAAGGCCGCAGGCCCUUCGGGUAUUGUGGCUGAAAUGUUUAAGGCUGCCGGUGAUGCGGGUGUUGCCCUCAUUCGUGACCUAGCGGUAUCAAUCAUACGCGAUGGCAGGGUCCCUAUGGAUUGGGAAGAGAGCCUCAUUGUUAACCUGCACAAGGGUAAGGGUGAUGCUCUAGACAGGGGUAAUUAUCGUGGUUUAAAGCUGACUGAACAGGCCUUGAAGGUGCUGGAGAGAGUGGUGGACAAUUCUAUCCGGCCAACUGAUAUCCGCAUUGAAUUUUUGAAACUCAGUUUCGGCUAUUUAUGCGGGCCAGGGGAACUUCAGGAUGUAUCUUGUUGUCCGUUCAACUGCCAGGAGAAUACCCUGGCCGCAACAGAAGCUUUUACUUAG